AUGCACAGCCUCUACAAGGUCUUGGUUACGAUUUUCGCCAGUUCCGGACCAAUGCUGCUCGACGAUCAAGCAUUCGACUUGGACGAUCGGGACAGGGCCACAAUGGAUUCGCUGUAUGUGGUUGUGCGAAAGGAUAUUUGGGCCCAGCAGGGUUUCACGUCCUCCAAGGACUUCCUGAUGCACCUUGGAGAUAGCGAUACGGAAGGCACAGCCACAUUCAACGGCUUUCUAAGACAGAGGAUUCCUCCGCGGUCCGGGAUGUUCAUCUUGCCACCCCUCGUCAGACCUGGCGAAGAAGCGAGGCAUCCCAUGUAUGAUCCCCGGGCUUUGGGCGAUCCUUGGAUCCCGCACCCGGCCCCGCUUUCGGACCGAGACCCUUUUGGUGCGACUGGAGGCCCCGACUACCUCACUUCUCCUCAGGGAUUGGAUCCCCUAAGUCGUAGGCACACGGUCGGGGAGAGUCCAACAUUCCCCCGGGGACCCAUGCGGUCCUUGGAGUCUCCGCUUUCAGGCGGUAGAGGGCGACCAACAUACCAGCGGCCGCCGUUGCGUCGGGUCUAUUGCAUCAAAUGUAACGAAUACCCAGAAGGUUUCAGGGGCGAGCACGAACUACGAAGGCAUACCGACGCCAAGCAUGCCUCGUUAGUCAGGCGUUGGGUGUGCACCGAGCCAGACAGCUACAGUCCGACUUUGCCACAACCAGUCAUCCCAUUAUCCAAAUGCAAAGCAUGCGUCACGCAGAAACGAUAUGGCGCAUAUUACAAUGCAGCCGCGCAUCUCCGGAGAGCACACUUCAAUCCGCAUAGAGGCGGAAAGGCUAGUGGGGACUGGCCGCCUAUGACCAUCCUGAAGGACUGGAUGAAAGAAGUGCGGCAAUCUGUGGACAUUCAGGAUCAGGACGAUUCUAGUGGAGGGGAGGAGGUCGACUACAAACCGCCGCCAGAGUAUUUCACUCAACCACCACCUCCGCCACCGCCGCCAGCACGUUCACCCACUUUCGGGCCAACGAUGCUGGCAGCAGCGCCGUCAAACAUUCCCUUGAUGAUCGCUCCCGCGGAAACAAUUGUUUCAUCUCAGAUGAGCAGCCCGUCAAGCAAGACACUAGAUAACCGGACUCGCUGCCCUCACCCAGACUGCGGCCGGGUGUUCAAGGAUCUCGCGGCGCACAUGCUCACUCAUCAAGAAGAACGGCCAGAGAAGUGCCCCAUAGAAACUUGCGAGUACCACACCAAGGGGUUCGCGCGGAAGUACGACAAGAACAGACACGCCUUGACACAUUAUAAGGGGACAAUGGUGUGUCCCUUUUGCCCCGGAGUAGGAACGGCAUACGAAAAGGCGUUCAAUCGCGCCGAUGUCUUCAAGCGCCACCUUACGUCAGUCCACAAUGUUGAACAGACACCACCCAACAGCCGAAAACUCAUCAUCAGCGGGUCCGGUAACGUCCGCGGCGACGGCGCGAAAUGCUCCAUUUGCCAAGGCUACUUUGUUACGGCUCAAGAGUUCUACGAGCAUCUCGACGACUGCGUCCUCAACGUCAUCGUGCCGAUGUCGACGAAAACGCCCAAAGACUCUUCUGCGUUGCCCUCGACAUCGGGGUUGGACGAGAGGGACCGGUUGGGCGAGGGCGAGAACAUCAACGUAAAGACCGGGUCGCCUGUGGGCGAAAAGAUGGAUAUGAAUCCAUAG